AUGGGAGGAGUCGAUAUGAGCCGCGAUUACUACGCGGACCUGGAGCUUGCAGCAGACGCAGAUACCAACGAGAUCAAGAAGCAGUUUCGGAAGCUAGCACUCAAGUACCACCCCGAUCGAAAUCCGGGCAGAGAAGCCGAAGUCAACUCCCGAUUCCAGGUCAUCCAGUCAGCUCACGAAAUCCUUACUGACCCUCAACAACGAGCCAGAUAUGAUGCUGGGAGAACGCGAUCGAGAUAUCCCACAGCGUCCGGAGUCCGAGGCAACCCCUGGCAGAAUGCCGGUGCCAACUUUCCUCCCCCGCCUCGUCGUAAUGCGACAGCUCGUAAUCCGCCGCCGCCUCCGCCUGCCUCGGGGGCCAGCAGAUAUCGCAAUUUUGCUUCGGGCGCGGCCCCCACAGCUAAAGCGCAGACAAGAGACGACCCGGAAGCGAAGCGCAAUGCCUGGCACGCCUUUGAGAAUAUGAAAGGCCGGGCCGGCCAGUCUCAGCCGAAGCCCGCCAAGCCCGAGACCCCGAAGCGACCUGUCCCCCGGACUCCUUCUCAAAAACAGAGGGCGGAGGCUUCCUUUGGACGGAAACCUGGCUACACUCCUCACUCGCCAGUCCCUGCAGAUGAGCCUCCUGUGAACUCCUCCAAUUACUCCACCUCGUCCCGACACACCAACAUUUUCGCAGACAAUGCUCGUAGACAACAAGAGGCAGGGGUGCCGGAUCCCCUAGCACAAUUUAGAGAGGCCUACUCAGAUUCCCGCCAAAGCACUCCCUACAUGUCACAUGGCGGCGAGAAACUGAAUCCUUUCGAUGGCAUCUCCGUGGGACGAGCAAAAAGCACACGCGAAAGCCCUCGGCCACCUCAGGAAAGCUACGCCCCCAACCUUUCACCCGGCAGCGCUCGUCAACGCGCCCAGAGUGUUCCACGCCAAGCAAGGACUGAGGCGUCAAGCCCGCGUACUUCGACUUCGACGCCGCAAGAUGAUCGCCCUAACUCGGCGAGCGCCACUGCGUCUCACUCGCCCAAGGAUCCAUUUAGAUCACGCGCAAGCGCAAGAUACACGCCGCCGAACACGGCUACUGGUCCUUCUCCGGACAAUGCGCAGCCAAAGCCCGCGGUUUCCCAGAACCCCAAUGGAGCAGGGAAUACCCACACGACACAAGGAGCUUCAAUGUACGAAACGUCUUUUUUUCCGGUUUCUAUUUCUCUUCUUGCGUAUCCAAAUGUGCGGAACGAGCCUGGAGCCAAGGCUUGCAAAGGGCAUCCAACACAACAUCCGUUUCCCGAGCAGUCAAGCAAGACAGAAUUGUACGACUCGCCCUCUCCCAGUGGAGAUAGGUCGAGAAGCCACUCCCUCACGCCAUUCGAGCGAAAGCAGGGUGAACUUCUGAGCAAGCUUGUGAAAAGACAGGCCCCAGACAUGACGCCGCUCGGUCGUGACAGGCGCCACACAGUUGACCCUGGUCACGAUGUUACACUGAACCAAGCUGACAAGACUACUACUAAUAGCUUCAAUUUCCCGAUCGACGAUGAUACUUUUACUCGAACCGCGCCAGAGCAACCGACAUUCAGCCGGAGGAGCACUGAGGAAAUUAACACUAGCUUUGUAAACGGUGAUGGGCCCGAUGCCUGGAAAUUCAGUGCCGGUAGUCCGAUCCAGGACCAAGCCGCCAAGGUUCGUUCGCAGUCUGGAAGCCGCGUAGGCCGUCGAUCACCGAUCAAGCGCCCAAGUCUGAGGCACCAGAAAGACAUCUCGGUUCAGCCGACAGGCUCACCUUCUGCCGAAGGAAAGUUUGACGCUCAGGACUGGACUCAGCAGAUUGGAGCUCAAAACUUUGUGCCACACUCGACGCAUUCUACGUCAACAUCCCCUACCCGAAUCUCUCGAGUGAACUCCAGAAAGACCAAGGUCAAGCCGACGGCAGGUGGUAAUGCAGGACUGGUGAAUGAUGACUACGACAGUGACGAGGAGGGCGAGUGGCGAGGACGGAAGUCAAUGGCGGAGCCUAUUGGUGCGAACAGCCCGAAUGCCAUGGAUAUCGAUCCCCCACAAACGGGGACUUCUCAGAAGCGAGAUCAUUCCAAUAGCGCGAGAAACAUUCCUGUGGAGCCAUCUCGUCCGGAAUGGAGGCCUGGCAAUGGCUUGCAGGAAAACGGCCCCAAACCACCUGCGCGAAAGCCAGAUUUCAACCCAAACGCCGCCGGUUCCGAAGACAGCGAGGAGUUUAGGGCCAGCCUUGCUGAUCUUAAGAAUGUGGCGCCAUUCGCGCAGAACCCUUCUGGCCUAGGUUCCCUGAAUGAUCUCAAGAUGAAUCUGCCUUUCGAGAGCCAGCCGUCGGGCCGCGCUCCGAUCGAGAAGGAGAAGAAACCUUCGCUCGAUUUCCCGGUCAUCCCGCAGGCACCCCGACCGCCGCCUACUUUUGCGGUCAAUCUGAAGCCAACUGGCGGUGCCUGGCAGAAGUACACACAGGACUUCCAGAGUUACGUUCUGAGAUGGGAGAUCUUCAACGCUCAAGUCAUUGAGCAUUUCAAUGCUCGCAAGGCAAACAUCGCUGAUCUCCGAGCUCGCAAGGGUUAUUCCUUCCUCGUCUCUCGCGGCGACGACGAGAUUCAUGAGUAUCUUGAGUGGAUGGCACAAGAUAAGGAGGUUCGAAGAAAGUGGGCUGUUGCAUGCGAAGACCAUGAAGCACGCAUCCGCGAGUUCAUGGUGUACAAGGGCAAGAUGGCAUGA